UAGUGAGCAGACCUGUGGAAAAAUUGCAUGGCUCUAACUCUCUCUCUCUCACUUAAAGGCAUGACUCUCAAAGAUAGGGUGACUUUUCUAAGAAAGAAUAAAGGAGGAUUUGUAUUGUUCUUCUGAUCAAGACGUUGACAACUGCUGAAUUUAAAUCACUACUCCUAUGUUACAUUGACUUAUUGGAUGAAUAUUAUAUACAAAAUUUACUUUGAUGGUGAUUUUAUAAACGACUAACCCCAAUAUUUAUGAAUGGAAAACGACUAAUUUUGUUGACAAUAACACCUCGCCCCACCACCAAGCCAUCCAAUUCCCCCUUUUACCCUUUCCCCAUAUACCUCCAAUUUUCACACAAGUCAUCUCCACAAUUAACUCACACACACACACACACAAAGUGUCUCUCUCUUCAUUUUCUACAAUGGCAGCUUCCUUGCUGCUGUGCUUGUUGUUGCUAUCUUUCUCCUCGGCGCAGCCGGACUGCUCGAGCCUGGUGGCGAACAUGGUGGACUGCCUGCCGUUCGUAACAGUGGGUGGCACAGCGCAGACGCCAGAGGGCACGUGCUGCUCUGGACUGAAAACAGUUGUUGAGAGCAAUCCCCAAUGCCUAUGCGACGCCUUCAAAGACAGCGCCCAGCUCGGCAUCACCCUCAAUGUCUCCAAAGCCCUCACCCUCCCCGCCGCCUGCCUUCUCUCCACUCCUCCUUCCCUUUCCACCUGCGCAUCACCAUCUCCGAGCUCGGCUGCGGGGGCUCCAACUGCGAGCACCGGAGGUGAGGAAGGCGCUCCGGCUCCCUCACUCGGUAGCUCAGGUUCGUCUGCGCUGACCGCUACCUUGGACUUGCUUGUAUUUAUGGGUCUAAUAGUAUCAUUUGGUUUAUUUUGAGAGGAUUCUUGUUUAUGGUUGUUGUGCAUUAAUAUAGAGGAGGAUUAAUUUCUUUAUUUUUCGUACCUUUGAAUUUCUAUUCCAAGAGAGAAAAAGAAAUUCGAUUGACUUGCUUUACAGCCUGAA